AUGUUGGCCAAAACAAAAGUUUCUAUUGCAAUUGCAUGUUGGGAUGACGUCGCGGAGGUCGAGAAGAACCUCCUAUGGCAGGAUCUUGUGCACAAAUUUGAGAUUACUCCGAACACUGAGCGAAUUAGAAAGAAAGUCUUAUCUCACAUAGCCACCAGAUGGAGGGACUUCAAGGCAAGGCUCACACGUUUAUAUGUGUUUGGAGAUAGACAACAUGACACUCCUUGUGAGAAGUACAAAAUCUCGGAGGAGGAGUGGAUGCAAUUUCGUGCAUGUAGAGAGUCUGGAGACUGGCAGGAAAAAAGGACAGCAGCCCAACAAAGACAAAUGCUUAAUGAUACACCACAUGUACUCUCUCGAGGUGGUUAUGCAUUAUUGGAGAAAAAAUUGAAAAAGUCGCGUGCAUAG